AUGGCAGCUUAUGGAGCUCUGGUUUCUCUUAUGAAUAUCAUAGAUCGGCUUGAAAAUCAUCCUUCUCCUCCAAUUUCUAUCCACAAACAGCAAGUUGAAUCUCUCACUCAAAAUGUUACCUUCUUGCAGGAAUUUCUUGAUGCUUAUAUUUCCCCAGUUGUGGAUGACCAUGAAGCAGAUCCAUUGGAGCGUCGCAUUGCUGAUGCAGUUUAUGCAGCUGAGGAUGUCAUCGAAUCCCAAAUUGUGCUUCAAAUUCAUAACCGAUCCACAAUUCGUGGGAAGAUAUCCAGUUUUAUCAAAUUGUUUCGAGCUCGGUGCAAAUGCGCAACAAAUGAUAGAAAUGCAGCUGAGGACUUCUAUCACGAUCUACAACAAGUGAUUGAAGAAAUGAAUUUGAUCAAGAAUGAAGCCAUGGAGAUUGCAACCGCAGCUGAUCAACUGCAGAGAAAGGUCUCGUCAAGUACUCAUGCUGGUUCCACUUCCACUGUGAAGGAAAUCAUGAUGGUGGGCUUCGACGAGGUGUUACUUGAAGUGCUGGAUAAGCUCACCGGAGGCCAACGCAGUCGCCAAAUCAUCCCAAUAAUGGGGAUGGGCGGCAUAGGUAAGACCACUCUUGCCCGACAUGUAUUUGAGCAUGCACUUGUUAAACAACAUUUUGAUACUUGUGCUUGGACUACAAUUUCUCAAACUUAUAAUGUGAGAGAAACACUUAGAGAAGUUCUUUUUCAAGCAAGUGGGGAUCCGGAUUGUGAUCUGAGUGAGAACCAAUUGGGGCAAAAAUCACAAAUCAGUGAGGACGAAUUGGGAAUAAAACUAUACCGGUAUUUAUGGGGUAGAAGGUAUCUCAUAAUUAUGGAUGAUAUAUGGAGUGUAGAGGCGUGGGAUAAGAUCAGGUCUUCUUUUCCUGAUUGCAAUGAUGGGAGUCGAAUAAUUAUAACAACAAGGAUGUCAAACUUGACUUCGCAGUUGAGAGAGUCUUAUGGCGUCGGUAUGAAAUUUCUAGAUGAGGCUAGUAGUUGGGAUUUGUUCACCAAGACUGUGUUUGGGGGCGAAUGUUUCCCUCAUGAAUUGGAGGACAUUGGAAAGAAUAUUGUAGCAAAUUGUAAAGGGCUUCCUUUGUCAAUUGCUACAAUUGGAGGUCUUUUGGCAAAAUCUGAGCACACUACAGAAUAUUGGAUGCGUAUAGAGCAAAAUUUAAAUUCAAUUGUCAUUACGAAUAAUGAUGAAUUUUGCUUGAAAAUAUUGCGAUUGAGCUAUACCUAUCUGCCCAACUAUUUGAAGCCAUGUUUUUUGUAUAUGGGUGUUUUUGAGGAAGAUCGUAGAAUUUGUGUCUCAAUGUUGAAGAAGCUAUGGGUUUCUGAAGGAUUUUUAAAACCCGUGAAUGGAAAAUGUUUGGAAACAAUAGCAAAAGAGUACUUGAAGGAGUUGGUAGAUAGAAAUCUGAUUUUAGUUGAUGAGUUGGGAUUUAGGGGAAAUGUAAAGUUUUGUAAGAUUCAUGAUUUGUUGAGGGAUUUAUGCUUGAAAGAAGUUGAAAAGGAGAGGUUUUAUCAUAUCAUAGAAAAGACUCCUUCAGUCAUAGAUAACGAAUGUCGUCGGGUUGUUUUUAAAAAUGCUAGAAGAAGGAUAAUACGUGAAGUCUCAAGAUCUUUGUCGCAUGCUCGUUCUAUAAUAUGUGAUGAGAAGGGGAAAAACUUUGCAAUGCCUCACAAUCUUAGAUUGUUGAGAACAUUCAAAGCAUAUGAUAGAGAUAUUUCAAAUCGAUUUGCAAGUGGAAGUGGUCAUUUCCUAGGCGAUGUUUUUCAAUUGGUGAACUCACGGCACCUUGCUGUUACAGUUCAUUGGAAGUCCAAAUUCCCAUCUUCGAUCAAUUUCCUUUGGAAUCUAUAUACGUUAAUAGUUGAUACUCGUUUUACAGUCAUUGUGUCCUGGGAUAUGAAAAGAUGUAGUAAUGUUCGUCGUUUGCAUGAUCAUGUUAUUGCACCGAUUGAGAUUUGGAAAUUGCAUCAACUUAGGCAUCUCGAGUUUGUGGGUACAACACAAUUGAUGCUACCAGAUCCUCCGAGUGAGACGGUUAUCAUGGAGAAUCUACAAACGCUCAAAGGAGUAAUGAAUUUGUAUUUGAAUGAGGAGGUGGUUCAAAGAAUUCCCAAUGUCAAGAAAUUGCAUCUAACUUUCAAGCCCGAAGAUAUGGAGGGUUUGAGUGAAUUGAAACAAAUGGAGAGAGCAAAAUGUUUCAGCUAUCUUGAGUGUCUGAGUAAAUUGGAAAACUUCUACUGCGGCAUCUAUCAUGGAUAUGAUGAUGAGUAUUUGCAGAGCAUUAGUUUCCCACACUCCCUCAAAAAGUUGAAUUUGAUUGUCAAUAAUGUGGAGUUGGAAGAGAUAUUGCAGAAGAUAGGGUGUUUGCCCCUUCUUCACAAGUUGGUAUUAUAUGGUGGUACCUUCCAAACAGGCAAGUGGUGUUAG